AUGGGAAAUUAUAAAUCUAGACCAACCCAAACUUGCACUGAUGAAUGGAAGAAGAAAGUCAGUGAAUCGUAUGCUAUAAUCAUAGAACGAUUAGAAGAUGACCUGCAAAUCAAAGAAAAGGAGCUGGCGGAACUGAAGCAUGUUUUUAGCUCUGAUGAAGCCUUCUGCAAAGUCAAUUUAAAUUACCGCACAGAAAAUGGGCUCUCUCUUCUUCAUUUAUGUUGCAUAUGUGGGGGUAACAAAUCACAUAUUAGAACUCUCAUGCUAAAAGGACUGCGCCCAUCCAGAUUAACAAGAAAUGGAUUUACAGCUCUGCACCUGGCAGCUUAUAAGGACAAUGCAGAACUGUUAACAGCGCUGCUGCAUGGUGGAGCUGACAUUCAGCAAGUUGGGUAUGGAGCUUUGACAGCCCUUCACAUUGCCACAAUCGCUGGCCAUCAUAAGGCUGUUGAUAUUCUUUUGCAGCAUGGAGCUUAUGUAAAUGUUCAGGAUGCAGUUUUUUUCACCCCAUUGCAUAUUGCUGCAUAUUAUGGCCAUGAACAGGUAACCCACCUCUUACUGAAGUUUGGAGCUGAUGUGAAUGCAAGUGGUGAAGUUGGAGACAGGCCUCUCCAUUUGGCUUCUGCCAAAGGCUUUCUCAAUAUUACAAAGCUCUUGAUGGAAGAAGGAAGCAAAGCUGAUGUGAAUGCUCAGGACAAUGAAGAUCACGUUCCUCUGCAUUUCUGCUGUCGAUUUGGACACCACGAAAUUGUAAAGUUCUUACUCCAGAGCAGCUUCGAAGUUCAGCCCCAUGUGGUGAAUAUCUAUGGAGACACACCUUUGCAUCUUGCGUGUUACAAUGGAAAGUUUGAAGUUGUCAAGGAAAUAAUUCAGCUCUCAGGAACAGAAAGUCUCACUAAAGAAAACAUAUUCAGUGAAACGGCUUUCCACAGUGCUUGCACCUAUGGAAAGAACAUAGAACUUGUAAAAUUUCUUCUUGACCAGAAUGUUGUAAGCAUCAAUCACCAGGGAAGAGAUGGACAUACAGGAUUACACUGUGCUUGCUACCAUGGUCAUAUUCGACUUGUACAGUUUUUACUGGAUAAUGGAGCUGAUAUGAACCUGGUAGCUUGUGAUCCCAGCAGGUCCAGUGGAGAAAAAGAUGAGCAGACCUGUUUGAUGUGGGCUUAUGAGAAAGGUCAUGACGCCAUUGUAACCCUUCUGAAGCAUUAUAAGAGACCUCAGGAUGACUCACCCUGUAAUGAAUACUCACAACCUGGAGGAGAUGGUUCCUAUGUGUCAGUUCCAUCUCCUCUAGGAAAGAUAAAAAACAUGACUAAAGAAAAGGCAGAUGUUCUCCUCCUCCGUGCUGGUUUGCCAUCACAUUUCCAUCUUCAGCUCUCUGAAAUAGAGUUCCAUGAGAUUAUUGGCUCAGGGUCUUUUGGAAAAGUAUAUAAGGGACGAUGCAGAAAUAAAAUUGUUGCAAUCAAACGCUAUCGAGCCAACACCUACUGCUCCAAAUCUGAUGUGGACAUGUUCUGCCGUGAAGUUUCCAUUCUCUGCCGACUGAAUCAUCCAUGUGUCAUCCAGUUUGUGGGAGCUUGCUUAGAUGACCCAAGCCAGUUUGCUAUAGUCACCCAGUAUAUUUCUGGAGGAUCACUCUUCUCUCUGCUUCAUGAACAGAAGAGAACCCUUGAUCUGCAGUCUAAAUUAAUCAUUGCUGUAGAUGUUGCCAAAGGCAUGGAGUACCUCCACAAUCUCACACAACCAAUCAUACACCGUGAUUUGAACAGUCAUAAUAUUCUCCUAUAUGAGGAUGGUCAUGCAGUUGUUGCUGAUUUUGGAGAAUCUAGAUUUUUGCAAUCCCUGGAUGAAGACAAUAUGACAAAACAACCUGGGAACCUACGCUGGAUGGCCCCUGAGGUGUUCACCCAGUGUACAAGGUACACUAUAAAAGCCGAUGUUUUCAGCUAUGCUUUGUGCCUCUGGGAGCUGUUAACAGGGGAAAUCCCAUUUGCUCACCUGAAACCAGCAGCAGCGGCGGCAGACAUGGCGUACCACCACAUCCGCCCUCCCAUCGGGUACUCCAUCCCGAAGCCCAUCUCUGCCCUGCUGAUGAGGGGCUGGAAUGCCUGUCCCGAGGGGAGACCAGAGUUUUCAGAAGUAGUCACAAAAUUAGAAGAAUGUCUGUGCAAUAUUGAGUUAAUGUCUCCAGCCUCCAGCAACAGCAGCGGUUCUCUGUCCCCCUCCUCAUCUUCAGACUGUCUCAUUGCACGAGGAGGUCCUGGCCGCAGCCACGUUGCAGCGCUACGUAGUCGGUUUGAGUUGGAAUAUGCCUUGAAUGCACGAGCUUAUGCUGUCUGGUCACAGAGCACUGGGCAACACCCUUCUCAGGGUCUGUCUCUGGAUGACAUGAGAAGAAACUUCCAGUACCCACCAAUUGACAAAAACGGCUACGUGUCGGAUCCCAUGAGUACCAUGAGGUUUCAUUCCUGCAGCAGCAGUGGCAGCUUUGAAGAAAGCAGCUGA